AUGGCUUACUUCUUGCCCUCAUUCUUCCAGAAACGGUUGCUCCGAUAUGCCUUGUCUCGGCUCGAGCUUGUCGACACCGAAGCACUAGAUUUAGAUAGUCUGGGAAUCCGAUGGGGUCAACGAAGCACUGUCGAACUUCGGGAUAUAGGCUUGAGGCUUGAGAAACUAGCUACGCUUCUUCAGCUCCCCGCCUCGAGUGAACUGCUGAGUGCUAAGGUCCAGUUUCUCAAGAUCACCGUUCCUGCGGAUAUCUACAGUAGCGGUAUCAUCUGCGAGGCUAGCGGAAUCAAUGUGCAUCUCCAACUACCAUCAGAAGAAUCUUUCGGCGCAGCAAAGGAUGAAAAUCCGAAUAGUCGGAGGCCAUCUCAAGCUGGUACCCAUGACUCUAGUAGCGAUCACAUUCUUCCGACUCCGGCCGAUCUUGCGGAGUCGUUCCUCGAUGCCGAACCGAAAGAGGAAAAAGAGGAACUACAAGCUGCUAUCACAUCUCGAUCACAGGUGUUACACCGUACAUCAGCGUCCAUCAGUGACGAUGAGGAGGAACUUGGUCUAGGAAACGAGGGUGUAUCGCUGCCCAGUUUUGUUGCUGCUUUUUUGAAGGGAGUCGCGGAGCGCCUGCAGGUCAAGGUCGAUAAUGUGUCAAUACGAGUCGAUAUGGAAACGAAGCAGGAGGGAGUCGUCAAGAGAGAACCAGAGAAUAAACCUGAUAACGUGACGGGACUUCUUACUGUGCGGGAGGUCUCCGUCGGUGCUGUGAGCAGCGCAACGUCCAGUUCUGAGGAAGAGAAGCUUUCUCGUAAUCGGAACCGGCCCAUCGUCAUUUCUGACAUCAACAUGGCUUUGAUAUCUGAACCGAUAGUUUUCUCGAAUUAUUCCCGAUUCGCUCCGCCCACUUCGCCGACUACACCCGUGCAGCCAAAGUCAAGCGAGCCUUCGAGCAGGAUUCCGUCGCCCUUGCCCGGGCAAGCAUCCGAUGCGGACUCCGUCCUAGCUAUGACGCGGUCGACAAUCUUGGAGCCAUCGCAAGAACAUUCGAUUCAGGAUAUAGAAGAACCCGGUGUUGGUCGAAUGGAAGGAUCCGCCUACACAUAUGAUGGGCGCUUUUCUGAUGCCGAUACCGACGAUGAGAAUCGAAGUGAUGGAUACCUGGAAGGCUCGCAGCAGUUUUUGGACGAUGAUAAAUUAUUAGACAACCCUGCAUAUCUUGACUCCGUCAUUGACUCCCAGUUGCAUGACGAUGAUUUAGAACCACCAGAGGACCUUGUGCCUCAAGAUGAUCAGUUUCCUCCCAGCAGUGAAACCCUGCGCUCUCAGACACCCGAGGUGCACAUGCACCGCGAGACUUCACCGUCAAACAUUGACACGGAGCAUACAGCUCCCUUCUCACAUUACGGUGAUGGAUCCUUCAUGGACAGAUCCCCACACGGCAGUCAGCCUUACCUCGAGACUGAUCACGUUGCAACCCCGGAUGUGUCACAUUCUGCCUCCUCUCCUUCAGGCUCUUUGCCCUCGCGAGAAAAUUCAGACAGGCAAACAGCGCCUCCUUCUGAAUCUGGCAGCGUAGGCUCAUCUGAUGUUGCCAAUGGCGGGGAACUAUCUGAGUCCAAGUUAUUCUCAAAUGAAGAGGCUCAGAGUAUGUACAUGAGUGCUAUCAGUCAUGGUUCGAGUAGAAGUUUCGUUCCCAAUAUACCAGGCGCUUGGGAUCUGCCGGAGUCAACAGUUGUACGAGAUGUGCACGCAGGAACGCAGCUCACAGACGCGGCAGAUGCAAAACAGGAUGUGCAAGAUGAAACAUUGAUAUCUACGCCUAAGCUCACUGCUCAGGCAGCCUCGGCCCUUACAGAGAAACGAUCAUUCGGCGAACAAAGUGAGUGUCCGUCUGAGGCACGGGAACCUGAUUUGACACCGCUCUCGCCUACGCUGAGCAAGCUUUCAGAUGUUGCCAAGCGGUUUCUCCGUAUUGAUCGAAUAUCGAUAUCUAUCCCUGUUGGUGAAGAUAGACGUCAUACAGAUGAGACUGUCCGUUCAGCAGACGUAAAUUCAGCAAGUGACAGCCUGAAAGACUCAGCAAUGCGUUCUGGUCAUUCAUCAACCGAAUCCGAAUUGCUCUCUUCCACCAUGUAUGCUUCUGCACGGCUUCGCAGCGACUCGAUCAGCUCAGAACCUUCAUUCGAGGGCACCCUGCCCAGAUCGCCGCCUCGUCAGGCAAACAAGGCCGAUCACGGUCCCAUCUCGAAAUCUCAGCCGGGUGACAUUGCUGUCGAAAUAUCAGCUGUAGAUGUACGAUUCGAUAAUGCGAUUGGGUGGCUUGUUGUCAAGACCGGCCAAAGGGUUCUUCAUGCCUUUCGUGACGGCGGGAAUGUUUCCAGUGGAAAACCCGCACCAGAAUCUGUGCAGACCCGACACAGUCUCGCUCUCACUCUCCAUAACUUCUGCAUCAAAUACGUUGAUCACAUUCCCGGUCAAACAUAUGCUCUCAACGACUAUGACCCCCAUUCCUCGUCACCUUUUGGCUUGCCCCAUGAAGAUAUUAUUCUACGAGCGACGGCAUCAGGUCUAACGGCCCGCUAUUUGGCUGAUAAAAACGUUACAAAGUUUGGCCUAGACGUCUCAAAGUUCGUAUUCGGCUUCGCCUCGGAUGACUUGAUCUCAUUCAGUGAAAGCUUGAAGAUGCGGGAGUCCACAAGAGAUGUCCUAUCACCUGUGAAUGGUGAUAUCUCCCUUUCUCUGACCAAGUCUUCCGACUCUGCAAGCCUCACCAUUACAACACUUCCUCUCCGGCUAUAUCUUAAUGUUCAGCGCCUGGAAGAAGUCUUCGGGCGGGUUGGCGGCCUCAGUACUAUUCUGGAGCUCGGAAAUUCAAUCUCCUCCGUCUCCAGCGGUAAAAACAUGAAGAGGGAUUCCCAAAGGCGGGCUCGUGGCGUGCAUUUCGAGAGCUCACCGCCGCCUGAGAAUAACCUUCAAGCCAAUCCCCAACUCUCCUGGAAAGUGAACGCUCGGGUGGGUGGAAUUGUCUUUGAUGUUGCCGGUGAGACACAUUAUCUCAGGUUGAAAACGACAGCCGUCAAGGUUGUCAGCCGGUUCGAGGGUAUAGGUGUGCAGAUUGACAAAGCCAAGCUGAGUGGCCCGUUACCUCUCGACGACUCAAGAGAUGCGCCGGCAAAAAUCAACCUGAGCAACAUCCGCGUGGAGUUUCUCUACUCCCCCAAGGAACCCGAUCUGGACAGGCUGUUGGCAAUAAUAACGCCGUCGAAAGAUAAGUAUGACGAAGAUGAUGACAUUAUGUUGGACACGCUGUUUCGCCAGCGUAGACAAGGUUCUGUUCUUCGUACUACAGUCGCGGGUGCGAAGAUCGUCGUCUCGCGCACCAGUGACCUCGAGUCACUUUCUCAACUUGAAGAGGAAUUGGGCAAGUUAUCUACCGUCGCAAAGUAUCUACCUGAAGAUGAUCGCCCAGGCAUCCUCACUCUCACUCUCAUUCGAGAACUUGAAUCUCAAGUCUACCUGGGUGGCCCUGUCGGAAAUAUCACGACGCAUCUCAGAAACGCUGAGGCUGCUUAUAUCAGCAUGCCGUCUCUCAUCGCUGCGCAACUGGGGACAAUCAAAGUCGUACGAAACGGGAGCGAGGAGCUCGUGGGUGAAGCACUACCGGCAAGCGGGAGCCAGGGUCAGAACCAGAGCCAACUUCCCAUACUGAUGGCUCGCUACAUCGCCGAUGAGAUGGAUCCAACUAUUAAGAUCAAAUCUCACAAUUUACGCGUCGAAUAUACCAUACCGUCCAUCAUCGCGUUCCUUGGGCUGAGUGAGGACCAGACGACAGGAGAUGUCGCUGCUAAUAUGGCCAAUUCUUUGGCCAAUAUUGCCGAAUCGCAGCACUUACAUCGAAACGCUUCUGAAAUUUCAAUUGGUUCAAAAGGCAGGCAAGCGUCCGCAAAGCCAAGCAGGCUUGCAUUUGCCCUACGGGACUGCGUCCUUGGACUAAAUCCUCGCGGUACAACGGCGAAGGGCCUGGUUGUGUUAACGAAUGCUAAGUUUUCAGCGGCUAUUUCCGACAGUGGGUGUUCAGAAGCAAUGCUGGAUAUCAAAAAGGCGUCCAUCAUGCUCAUUGAUGAUGUCAAGAACAUGGGUUUGGCGGAAAAUCUUCACCGUGGUAGAUCAACAAUUCCGCAGAGCGACCAGAUUCAGUCCUUCAUCGAUAUGGGGUUUGUCCCGGUAUCUUCCAUAUCGUCGGCAAUGGCCACAGUCAAGUUGAUGCAGCUGGACGACGACGGGACGAAGUCGUUAGACGUGGAGCUCAAGGAUGAUUUAUUGAUACUUGAGACCUGUGCCGAUUCAACGCAGACCCUCAUCAGCAUCAUAAAUGGGUUGCAGCCUCCCACACCGCCAAGUGUGGCCGUCAAAUAUCGGACUGAAGUUUUGCCUAUAGAGGAUAUGCUGGCUUCUUUUUCUGGAGACGCAUUCGCCAUGGAUCCGCCACCUGAGCAGGCAGAGAUUCCGGAAGCUCCUACUAUUGUUGAGCCCGAGGACGGAGGGCCAGGCAUAGAAGACGAGCUUGAGUAUGUGAGCGACUUUUAUCCUGUGAAGUCAGGUCCAGAUAACCUGCCCCCCAAUGAGAGCGCAGUGCCAUCGGAGUCGAAUGAUCUUUUGGACAGCUUCCAUUCGCAGUACUAUGUAUCCUCCAGCGUCUCGGAUCUCGAAUUCAAGGAAGACCAUUUCGCCAACCAUUCUGCUGUAGGAGGAACGGCUCAUCGUUGGGAUUCUACUCAAAACACAUAUGGUUUAACCGACGACUCAAAGAUCCGUAAAAGUCCGCUGCGGAUCAGAGUCCGGGAUGCUCAUAUUAUCUGGAAUCUGUUUGAUGGGUACGACUGGCAGCGAACGAGAGAUACUAUCUCUAAAGCUGUGAAAGACGUGGAGAAGAGAGCCACGGAGCGGCGCGCCCGAGCUGGCAGUCGGGCCUCACCAGGUUUCGAGGAAGAAGAGGAAUCGGUUAUAGGCGACUGUCUGUUCAACUCCAUAUAUAUUGGAAUCCCUGCCAACAAGGAUCCUCGAGAGCUUCGCAACGAUAUCAAUCAUAACAUUGACGAUCUUGCCAGCGAGACAGGCAGCUAUGCGACAACUACAACUGUCACUGGGGCCACCGCGCGUCAAGGCCAGUCGCCUUCGUAUAGAGGAAGGAGAUUGAAAUUGUCUAGGAGUAAAUACCACAAGAUGACGUUUGAGCUGAAAGGCAUUUGCGCGGAUUUCGUCGUCUUCCCUCCUGGCUCUGAAGAGACGCAGAGUUCGCUCGACGUGCGUGUGAACGACCUGGAAAUCUUCGACCACGUUCCUACGUCGACAUGGAAGAAGUUCGCGACGUAUAUGCAUGAGGCAGGCGAGAGGGAAAGUGGGGCCAGCAUGGUUCAUUUGGAAAUGUUGACUGUGCGGCCUGUUCCAGAGCUGGCAGCGUCCGAGCUUGUUCUCAAGGCAACUCUUCUCCCUUUGAGACUGCACGUAGACCAGGAUGCCCUUGACUUUAUCUGCCGCUUUUUUGAGUUCAGGGAUGACUCUGCACUCACACCGAGUUCACCAGCCGACAUUCCGUUCUUGCAACGAGUGGAAGUUAACGCUGUGCCUGUCAAACUUGACUUCAAGCCCAAGCGCGUAGACUACGCUGGGCUCAGAUCAGGCCGGACAACCGAGUUCAUGAACUUCUUUGUCCUUGAUGGCGCGGAUAUGGUCAUGCGGCACGUCAUCAUUUAUGGAGUGUCCGGUUUUGAUAAACUGGGUCAGACGCUCAAUGACAUAUGGAUGCCAGACAUCAAGAGAAAUCAACUUCCGGGUGUUCUUGCUGGCCUGGCUCCCAUCAGAUCUCUAGUCAAUGUGGGAGGCGGUGUUAAAGACCUCGUCGUGGUUCCUAUGCGAGAGUAUCGCAAGGACGGCCGGCUCGUCCGAAGCAUCCAGAAAGGGGCGCUCGCUUUUGCCAAGACCACUUCUAAUGAACUCGUGAAGCUUGGUGCCAAGCUUGCCAUUGGCACUCAAACGGUUUUGCAAGGAGCUGAGGAGAUGCUGACCACACCGACUGCGCCGACACUGGGCUCUGAAGAAGACAUGAUUGACGAAGAGGAGGCGAACAAGAUUUCGCCCUACGCGGAUCAACCCGUGGGUGUGGUACAAGGCCUCCGGGGUGCGUUCCGCGGGUUGGAAAGGGACUUGCUUCUCGCACGGGACGCCAUCGUUGCUGUUCCUGGCGAAAUCGUGGAGAGUGGUAGCGCGAAAGCUGCCGCUAGGGCUGUUUUCAAACGUGCUCCAACCGUUAUCCUUCGACCAGCGAUUGGAGUCUCCAAGGCCGUUGGGCAGACGCUCCUCGGGGCUGGAAACACGUUGGACCCGAGCAAUCGCCGAAAGAUAGAAGAUAAAUAUAAACGCCAUUAA